UGUGUCUAAAAAGCCAUCAUUCUUAAUUAGUGUAGCAGCUAAAAUGGAGUGUUGGUGUGUGAGUAAGAUUAAAUCAUGGUUGUUGAUAUGGAUGACGAUUCUUGUUCUCAUGGUUUGUCGAAUAGAAGGUGGUUGUAUAGAAGAGGAGAGAAAGGCGCUGCUAGAAAUCAAAACUUCCCUUAUUGAUUCAUACUUUCUCGAUUUGGACCAGUUUCUCCCGAGUUGGGUUGAUGAUGGUAGUAUAGGUGGCAAGUGUUGUGAUUGGGAGAGGGUCACGUGCAACACAACCACUGGGCAUGUAACAAACCUGUCUUUGAGAAACAUGGUGGGGAUUCCAGAGAAAUUUUAUGGAGGCUGCAAGAGUAUAUGGCCAUUAAAUGUUUCUGUGUUUCUUAAUUUUAAAGAGUUAACAAGUCUCAAUUUGUCAUGGAAUUGCCUUGAUAACAAUAUUGUGAACACAGGACUUAGAAGGUUGUCAAGUUUGAAGAAGCUAAAGACACUGGAUCUUAGCCUUAAUAGCAUUGGAAAUGAGAUCUUUCACUCAUUGGGUGCUCUGACUUCACUCAGAGUUUUGAAUCUUGGUUACAAUAAGUUGGAAGGAUACUUCCCUGCUCUUGGCAAAUUUGCAGCUUUGGAAAACUUGAAGAUAUUGGAUCUUUCUGGAAACUAUGAUAUGGAAGGCUUCGAGCAAGUUUCUCUAUUGAAGAAGUUGAAAAUUCUAAAUCUUCAGUGGAAUAAUUUCAAUGAAAGCCUUAUAACAUCUUUAAGUGCUCUUCCAAUCCUUAAAUCCCUAGAUUUCAGUUACAAUUGGCUAGGAUUGUCAUUUCCAGUUGAAGAAUUAGCCCAGCUCACUAAUUUAGAGGAGUUGGAUUUAAGUCAUACUUAUCUCAGCGGCACACCAAGUAUCCAAGAAUGCACAAGAUUAUCGAGAUUGAAAAAGUUGAAGAGUAUAAGUCUUCAAUGGAAUGAUUUCAACAAGAGCAUCAUUUCAUGCUUAAGUACUCUCCCAUCCCUCAAGACUCUUGAUCUUUCACAUGGUACUUUAUCGGGAGAUUCACAUUUUAUUAAAAUGAUAAUAACCAAUUGCGUAUGUGUCUCUUUAUUUAUUUCAGAGCUGCUUCAUUUAUCUGAUCUGGAAGUCCUCCUCUUAAAAAAUAAUGAUUUCAAUGGAACAUUACCAAUGGAAGCUUUCACAUCUUUUCACCAUCUGAAGGUCUUAGAUUUGAGUGCUAAUGAAUUUGUUGGGAGCAUCGCAUCAACAAUAAAUGCAUUAUCACCUUCCAUUAGAGUUGUCUCAUUUGCUUACAACAAGCUCAACGGCUCGAUACUUGGUCUAUGUGAGUUGAAGAACCUUUGGGAGUUGGAUCUUAGUCACAACAUGUUCGAGGGAAACCUGCCUCACUGUUUCAAUAGUCUAUCAUCUCUUAAGUUGUUGGAUAUUUCUUCAAAUCAAUUCACGGGAACACUUCCGCCAUCACUAAUCGCCAAUCUCACAUCUCUUGAGUAUGUUGAUUUUAGUGAUAACAAAUUUGAAGGUGCAUUCUCAUUUAGCUCAUUCUCCAGUCAUAAAAAGCUAGAGGUAGUUAUAUUUAAAUGCAACAAUGACAAAUUUGAGAUGGAAACWGAAGAGCCCAUGGGUUGGAUUCCGAUGUUUCAGUUGAAAGCUCUUGUGCUCUCUGGUUGCAAUCUAAAUAGGCCUAAAGCAAGUGUUGUUCCUGGGUUUCUUCUUCAGCAACGCAUGUUACGGAUGAUAGACCUAUCACACAACUCUUUGAGGGGACAGUUUCCGAAUCGGUUGAUUGAGAAUAAUACAAUGUUGGAAGCACUUAUUCUAAGGAACAACUCAUUUGGUGGUACUAUUAGUAUGCCGCUGCAUACUCAUGCUAACCUAAUAUGGUUGGACAUGUCCGAAAAUCAGAUUUUACGUACCAUUCCGGGCGAUAUUCAUAAGUUCUUUCCAUAUUUAGCAUAUUUAAAUUUGUCCAGGAAUAUUUUAGAUGGUUCUAUAUCUUCAAUUGCGGAUCUGGGUUGGUUAAACGCACUGGAUUUAUCUGAUAAUGAGUUCUCAGGAGAAGUACCAAACCGGCUGUUCACAAAUAUUUCAGACUUAUCGGUAUUGAAAUUAUCAAAGAACCUAUUGCAUGGCAUGGUACUUUCAGGAAACUUAAGCUUCGGUCAUUUUAGUUCUCUUGCCUUAGAUAACAAUUGUUUCACUGGGAAAAUUGGGAAUUGGACUAGCAAAGACUCUUAUUUGGAGACUAUGGAUAUUAGCAAUAACUUUUUUACAGGUAGAAUCCCCCAUUGGAUAAGCAACAUGAGUCAAGAGUUUGAACUUGUUGCGAGAAAUAAUAGUUUGGAAGGCCCAUUUCCUUGCGGAAAAACACCAUUCUCGUUUCUGGAUAUCUCACAAAAUUCUUUCUCGGGGCCCAUCCCAUCGUGCUUAAAUUUCCAAGAAAUGAAGCAUCUUCAUUUGGGUUCCAACAAAUUCACCGGAUCAAUACCCAAUGUAUUUCGUAGUUUGCCUCGGGUUUUAACUUUGGAUAUAGGCAACAACUCCUUGUCAGGACGGAUACCCAAAUUUCUUGUUAAUCUAUCCGAUUUAAGGAUCCUAAUUUUGAGAGAAAAUAACUUUAGUGGUUCUAUUCCAAAGCAGUUGUGCCAAUUAAGUGAUGUGAGUUUGAUAGAUUUAGCCGGUAACUCUAUCUCUGGUUCAAUACCUUCUUGCCUCCAAAAUGUUAUAAGCCCUAUCAAACCUGUUUUCAGAGAACUAACAAUUUCCAUCUAUGAGACUUCCUCCCGAUACCAUCAGAGUGUUCUGUUUAAAGAGUAUAAUUCAUUAUUGUGGCUGGAAAUACUUGGGAUGCAAGACGAAGUUCAGUUUACAAUAAAAACUCACUAUCGUUCCUACAAAGGUCACAUUCUUGAUUUGAUGGUGGGACUGGAUCUAUCAUGUAAUAAACUAGUUGGUGAAAUCCCAAAAGAACUAGGGUUAUUGACCCAGAUUCACUCUUUGAAUCUGUCUCACAAUCAGUUGACAGGAACCAUUCCAAUGCAAUUCUCAAAUCUUGAGAAUAUAGAGAGCUUGGACCUUUCUUACAAUGGUUUGAGUGGCAAAGUUCCAUCAGAACUAAUUAAGCUGAAUUCUCUUGCUUAUUUUAAUGUUUCUUACAACAAUCUAUCAGGAAAACUCCCAGAUAUGAAAGCACAGUUUAGUACCUUUACCAGUGAGAGCUAUGAAGGGAAUCCACUUCUUUGUGGGCCACCACUAGAGAAGAAAUGCACGUCUACAUCACAGGUGACCGAUGCAUCAGGUGAAGAAGGCAUUGAUAAAUGGUAUGAGAUCGAUAUGGUAUCCUUCUACGGAAGUUCUGGUGCAACAUGGGUUGUGUUCCUGUUGGGAUUUGUUGGUGUUCUUUACAUCAAUCCUUAUUGGCGUAGAAGGUGGCUAGACUUGAUUGAAGAAUGUAUGUAUACAUUCUAUUACUUCCUUGAUGAUUUAGUAAGGAAGCUGUCGACGCUCUUUCGUAAAUAGUUGUGUGAUUUAUGUAUUUAUAUUUUUCUGUUAUAAAUAAAUGUA